AUGUCAGCUCAGUUACUUACGGCUUCCCCUAAAAUUGCUUCCCUCGCUUGGGGACAAAUGAAAGUGCAAGACUCUACCUUAACCUAUAAGGAUUGCAAAGUAUGGCCAGGAGGCAGUCUGACUUGGGAUUGGAGAGAAACAGGAACGGAGCAUUCUCUGGGAGUACAGCCAGCAGAUGUAAAGGAAGUUGCUGAGAAGGGUGUACAGACUCUUGUGAUUGGCAGAGGAAUGAGUGAGGCCUUGAAGGUGCCUCCAUCGACCGUGGAGUACCUGGAGAAACAAGGCAUUGACGUGCGGGUCCUCCAGACAGAGCAGGCAGUGAAGGAGUAUAAUGCUUUGGUUGCCCAAGGGGUAAGGGUAGGAGGUGUCUUCCAUUCCACUUGCUGAUGGAGCCUACAGAAGAGAAUAAACCACU